AUUACAAAUACACAAGGACUGGCGGAAAAACAUUUGAAAACUAAAAUUAAUUUGAAAAAGUCAUUUUUGAAUUACCAAAAUCCAAUCACCAUGCCGCCACACCUCUCAAUCCGCUCAAGCCGCUCUGAACAAGCCCAGACCCUCAAGAUCAUGGGCGACCUUUGUCGUCGGCGAUCCCAUGCGGGCGAUGUGGUUUCCGACGAAGAGGAGGAUCCCCGCCGUCGAGGUAUCUUACGGAACACCAGCUGCCGGCAGCACCGGGAGCGUCUUCGCUCCACUCGCCAGACCCACAUCCUCCAGGGCUUGACCGUUCUGGCAGCGGCCAUCAUCGUCCUGGCCCUGUUGCUCUUUCUGGCCCUGGAGAUGGCCCAGGAAUCGGUGGAAUCCGACCCAGUGCAGGUGGUAGGGAAGCAGCCGCCGCAGCAGAAGAAGAGCUUCUGGACCGAUGUCCUCGGAUUUUUGGGUAUUAAGCAGCAGCAGCUUGGGGGCCAAAGUAGCUUGGGAAAAGUCUCUUGCAGUCUAAAGGCUCUGGAUAUGGAGCGGAUCUUCCGCCAGGUGGGCCGGCACGUGCUCAACCAGGAGCAGGCCCUGGCCCGGAUGGAGAGGGCUCUGUCCGAGAAAAAAGGCUUCCGUUCGGUAGCCCUGGUGGGUCCCCCGGGCGUGGGCAAGACCUUGACCACCACGGUCCUGCGACAGGAGUUCCCCUGGCCGGCUAACGCCCAUGCCUACUCGUGGAGCACCGAGAUGGCGGACGAGGUGGGCAAGUUUCGGAUGCUGCGCCAGUUCGUCGACGGACUCUCCGACUGCGGUGCCAACCUCCUGAUCAUCGAUAACCUGUCCACUUGCGAUCACAGCCUGGUGCCCAUUUUCAACCGGCUGAUCCUGGAGCGCGAGGGCGACUUGAGCAAGCGGCCGUGGGACAAUCAAACGGUCCUGGUGGUUUAUGUUAUCAAUGUGAAGCCUGAUCAGUACUGGGAGCAGUAUGAGCUCCUGCAGCAGCUCGAAUCGGACACGACCAUUGUCAGUUUCCGGUUCUUUUCCACUGACGAUGUGCUCGAUUGUCUGGAUCGGGAGCUAAAGGUUCAGAAGCUCUUCAUGAGCCCCAAAAGGCAGGCAUUGAUUGUCGAGGAUGCGAUAUCCAAUGUUUUCGAAAGGGGCUGCAAGGACAUGAGGCUGCAGAUCCUUCGAAACGGAGUGCCCGAUCCUUAAAAUGUUUUCCCAAGUAUUAUGUUACUAUGUUCGUAUAUAUUUUGCAAAAUCAGUAAUUAGUAAAAAAAAAAGGAAUAUAAAUGA